AGCCAAGAUGGCGCCGGCGGCGGCCACCGCGGCCUGAGAGCGAUGCUCGCGGUCUUCGGCACCAGCGGCGGCGGCUGUGGCCUCGGCCGGGGCCUCUGGUCUCUCCCGGGCGUGAGCGCUCAGGCGACUCUCCUCCGGCCGGGUUAGUCCGGACAACAAGGAAGCGGCCACGAAGAGAGGAGGCAGUGAGAAACGCGGAGAGAGCGCGACGCCUCCUGCCGCGGCACCAUGGCUGGGCUCAUCAAGAAACAGAUCCUGAAGCACCUCUCCAGCGAUCCCUGCUGGCUGUGGUGGAGAUUGGUGUGCUGUGAAUUUCAUAAUCAAGGAGUCUAAGAAACCCUGGCAACUGACUACUUGCUUUCACCAGGAAUAGGGACCCUUUGUCUGAAUUUCCUGCCCUCAGAUUUACUAAAAAUUUAUCUCCUGACAAGAUAAAUCUAAGUACCCUCAAAGGAGAAGGUGAACUGAAGAAUUUGGAGUUGGAUGAAGAGGUGCUCCAGAAUAUGUUGGAUUUGCCAACAUGGCUUGCUAUCAACAAAGUUUUUUGUAAUAAAGCAUCUAUUAGGAUUCCAUGGACAAAAUUGAAAACACAUCCCAUCUGUUUGUCCUUGGAUAAAGUAAUAAUGGAAAUGAGUACAUGUGAAGAACCACGAAAUCCUAAUGGCCCAUCACCAAUUGCAACUGCUUCAGGACAAAGUGAAUAUGGCUUUGCUGAAAAAGUAGUUGAGGGAAUUACUGUUUCUGUAAAUUCCAUUAUUAUCCGCAUUGGAGCAAAAGCUUUCAAUGCAUCCUUUGAACUUUCCCAGCUAAGGAUCUAUAGCGUAAAUGCAAACUGGGAACAUGGAGAUUUAAGAUUUACUCGUAUUCAACAUCCACAGAGAGGAGAGGUUUUGACGUUUAAAGAAAUAAAUUGGCAGAUGAUUCGAAUAGAGGCAGAUGCUACUCAAAGUUCACAUCUUGGAAUUAUGUGUGCUCCUGUUCGAUUAAUAACCAACCAAUCAAAAAUCAGAGUCACACUUAAAAGAAGAUUAAAGGACUGCAAUGUUAUUGCAACAAAGUUAGUUCUAAUAUUGGAUGACUUAUUAUGGGUUUUAACGGAUUCCCAAUUGAAGGCUAUGGUACAAUAUGCAAAAUCUCUUAGCGAAGCAAUAGAAAAAUCAACAGAACAAAGGAAGAGUAUGGCUCCAGAACCUACGCAGAGCUCUGCGGUAGCCCCAUCUACCCAACAAGUGAAGACACCACAGACCUCAAGUGCUCCUGAUCUAAAUGAUGCAAUUGUGAAACUAUUCAAUGACUUUGAUGUUAAAGAAACCUCUCAUCACUUGGUGAUUUCUCAUCUAGAUCUACACAUUUGUGAUGAUAUUCAUGCUAAAGAAAAAGAGUCAAAUAGACGUAUUACUGGAGGGGCUAUGCAACUGUCUUUUACACAGCUAACUAUAGAUUAUUAUCCUUAUCACAAAGCAGGGGAUAGUUGUAAUCAUUGGAUGUAUUUUAGCGAUGCAACUAAAACAAAAAAUGGAUGGGCCAAUGAGUUGUUACAUGAAUUUGAGUGCAACGUUGAAAUGCUUAAGCAGGCUGUAAAGGAUCAUAAUGUAGGUUCACCUCCUAAAUCCCCAACACAUGCCUCUCCCCAGCACACACAAACAGAGAAAGACUCAGCUCUGAAAGGGACUUCCAGAACACCUUCAGUAUUAUCUCAACAAUCCAAAGCUAAGUUAAUGUCUAGUUCUGUUGUGGUUAGACUUGCAGAUUUCAAUAUAUACCAGGUCUCUACAGCAGAACAAUGUCGUUCUUCCCCCAAGAGUAUGAUUUCUUGCAAUAAGAAAUCCCUGUAUCUUCCACAGGAAAUGUCAGCUGUCUAUAUAGAAUUCACAGAAUAUUACUAUCCAGAUGGAAAGGAUUUUCCAAUUCCAUCUGCCAACCUUUAUAGCCAACUGAAUGCACUACAGUUUACUGUGGAUGAAAGAAGUAUUCUAUGGUUAAAUCAAUUUCUGUUGGAUUUAAAACAGAGUCUUAAUCAAUUUAUGGCUGUAUACAAGUUGAAUGACCAUUCAAAAUCUGAUGAGCAUGUUGAUAUUCGAGUUGAUGGCUUAAUGCUAAAGUUUGUCAUUCCUUCUGAAAUGAAAUCUGAAUGUCAUCAAGAUCAACCACAUGCAGUUUCUAUUCAGAGUUCUGAAAUGAUUGCCACAAAUACAAGGCAUUGUCCAAACUGUCGACAUUCUGAUCUAGAAGCUUUGUUUCAAGACUUUAAAGAUUGUGAUUUUUUCAGUAAAGCAUAUACCAGCUUCCCCAAAUCUGGUGACAAUUUUAAUCUUUUGCAUCCAAUCUUCCAGAGACAUGCUCAUGAACAAGAUACUAAAAUGCAUGAAGUUUAUAAAGGAAAUAUUACUCCCAAGUUGAAUAAACACACUCUUAAAACUUCUGCUGCCACAGAUGUUUGGGCUUUGUACUUUUCUCAAUUUUGGAUAGAUUAUGAAGGGACAAAGAGUGGGAAAGGGCGACCAAUAAAUUUUGUAGACUCUUUCCCUCUUUCCAUCUGGAUUUGCUUACCAACAAGGUAUGCAGUGUCACAAAAAGAGCUACAGUCUUGUAAUCAAGUAUGUCUAAAUACAUCACGAAGUGAAUCUAGUGAUCUGACUGGCCGUCUCAAGCGGAAGAAGCUCUUGAAAGAGUAUUACAGUACAGAAUCUGAGCCCUUGACAAAUGGUAGUCAGAAACCUUCAGAUACAUUUUUAAGAUUUUCCUCUUCACCAUCAGAUGCAGAUGUUCAUGUCCUAGUUCACAUUCAUAAACAUGUCAGUAUGCAGAUCAAUCACUACCAGUAUCUGCUCUUGCUUUUCCUCCAUGAGUCACUUAUUCUGCUUUUGGAGAACUUAAGGAAAGAUGUAGAAGCUGUGACUGGCACUCCUGCUAGUCAGGCAUCCAUUUGUAUUGGAAUUUUACUUAAAAGUGCAGAAGUGGCUCUUUUGCUACAUCCAGUGGAUCAAGGAAAUACUCUUAAGUCUCCUGUUGCUGAAAGCGUGAGCCCAGUGGUUCCUGAUUAUUUGCCUACAGAAAAUGGAGAAUUUUUGUCUUCCAAAAGGAAACAAGAUAGUAGUGGUAUAAAUCAAAUUAGAAGCGUAACUGUUAAUCUCAUGUCAGACAACAGAUCUAUGAGUGUUGACCUGAGCCAUGUGCCUUCGAAGGAUCCUUUGCUUUUUAAAUCAGCUAGUGAUACAAAUCUGCAAAAAGGUAUUUCUUUUCUGGAUUGUUUAUCAGAUAAAAAUUUAGGGAAAAUAAGUGAAGAUGAAAGUAGUGGAAUUGUCUGCAAAAGUGGAUCAGGAGAAAUUGGAUCAGAAACAAGUGACAAAAAGGAUUCAUCUUAUACAGAUUCAAUUAGUGUCUUAAACCACAGAGAAGAUUCAAAUUUGCUAUCCUUUGAUACUGAUGGUAAUCAAAACAUACUUUCAAAUAGUUUAAGUAGUAGAGGACAUGAAACCACAGAGCCAGUCUUUAAAGCUGAAGAUUUGCUUCCAGAAACAGCUUCACUCUCUGAGAACCUAGAAAUCAAUCAAGAAGAAGCACCAACAGUUAGAACACUUACAUCUCAGUCAUCUUUAAGUGGAAAGCCUAAGGAACGUAUCCUGCCCAGUCUGGCUCCACUCUGUGUUUCUUCUAAGAACAUGAAGAGAAGCUCCUCACAGACCUCACUGGAUACCAUUUCACUUGACAGUAUGAUACUGGAAGAACAGUUGUUAGAAAGUGAUGGAAGUGAUACUCACAUAUUUUUGGAAAAAGGUAUUAAAAAGAACGUGACUACAAAUUACCAGAGCCUUGCAGACAGUGCAAAUACCAGUGCAAAGCUACAGAAUUUUGGUGAAACCUCGCCAGAUGCCAUCAGUACAAAUUCAGAGGGUGUUCAAGAAAAUCAAGACCUGAUGUCAGUUGUGGUGUUUAAAAUUACUGGUGUUAAUGGGGAAAUUGACAUCCGAGGGGAAGAUAUGGAAAUCUGUCUUCAAGUGGACCAAGUGACACCAGAUCAGUUAGGCAAUAUCAGUCUUCGGCAUUACCUUUGUAAUCGUCCAAUAGGUUCAGAUCAUAAAUCUAUAAUUCAUUCCAAAUCCACUCCUGAGAUUACUCUGAGAUUUGAGAGUGGGCCUGGUGCUGUAGUUCACUCUUUGCUUGCAGAAAAAAAUGGAUUUCUGCAAUGCCAUAUAGAAAACUUUAGCACUGAGUUUUUUACAUCUUCUCUUACUAAUAUUCAACAUUUUUUGGAAGAUGAAACUGUUGCAACAGUGAUGCCAAUGAAGAUACAAGUUUCUAACACAAAAAUUAAUUUAAAAGAUGACAGUCCUCGUAGUAGUACAAUAUCCCUUGAACCAGCUCCUGUAACUGUUCAUAUUGACCAUCUUGUGGUGGAGAGAAAUGAUGAUGGCUCUUUUCAUAUCAGAGAUUCUCAGAUGCUUAACACUGGAAAUGAUUUGAAAAAAAAAGUCAAAAGUGAUUCAGUGCUGCUUACCAGUGAGAAGUAUGAUCUGAAGAAACAACAUAGUGUCACUCAAGCCACUCAGACGAGUCCAGAGGUUCCUUGGCCUUCUCAGUCAGUUAACUUUCCUGAGUGCUCCUUUGAUUUUACUAGGGAACAGCUCAUGGAAGAGAAUGAAUCUCUUAAACAGGAAUUGGCCAAAGCUAAAAUGGCUCUUGCAGAGGCUCACUUGGAAAAAGAUGCUCUUCUUCAUCAUAUAAAGAAGAUGACAGUUGCAUAGCAGGAGUGGCAGUCAAAAAUUCAAAUUAUAGCUCUGUAGUAGGGAGGUUAUAUUUAUAAUGUUAUGUUACCAGUUAGUGGAAGACUUUCCUUUUCAUGAAAAGACAAUAAAAUGAAAUAGAAUGUGAUGAAGUGGUGACUAUUCCAAAGCCAGUUUAGAAAGUAUUAGGUACGGCAUUACAAUCUUCUGGUUGUUUUGUGUUUUGGGGUUUAACCAAACUCUUAAACUGGUGUGAUAGAGGGAAGUCAACACAUACUGUAAAAUAAUCACAUGUCUAAUGGAAAGAAGAUGUCAUUUCCUAAUUUUGAUAUCACAUUAUAGGCACUUUUUAAAAAGAAAAAUGGAAAUCUGUUGUGUUCUCACAGAUUGCUGAUUUUAUUUAUCACUAUUUGUUAAUAAUUACUAUUAUUUACAAAGAUUCAAAUGCUUUUAGGGCUAAUGUAAUUUAAAAUGAGGCUUACAUUUUAAAUGUUAUUAGAAUUAUGUACUCAAAUCUAUAAUUAUUUAAUUACUGUGGAAAAGUCCAAGUUAAUAAAUUAUAUUGACUGGGUUCAAAAAUUCAAAAAUCAUCACCCUCCUGAUCUUAUAAAGUAACUUGAGAAUGUGAAAAAGAAAUAAUUAAAAUGAUGAGUAAAUUGUGUAAGUUAAAGGUAUAAUUUUCAGCUAAAAGGAUCAUACAAAUGUAAAAAUAAAAAGCACAAACUGUAGAAAAGCAAAA